GUGCUCGAAUGCGUUUUGGUAGCAGCAAUGUUAGUGGACAAUAUGGUCGAACAAUUGAUGAUAUCUUUUCGGCGCAAGAAUAUCGUAAUUAGGCAUGUUUUGAUACGGGAAUUAGACCGGAGGAACGACAAUCAAGAUGGUCACAUACAUACGGUGAAAAACCUGGUGCAUCAAUUCGUAGCUCAUCGCUUCCAUCAAGGGCUAUGUUAA